AAUUGGUCAACAAUUAGUGACAUAUUAUGAUCAUGCUCGAAAUUCACUCGUGCAUGAGUGCGAAUCGUCACAAAUAUUAAUACUACAUGGCAACGACUGGAAUGAAUCUUUAUCUUCUCUCGCUAUUCUCUAUCCAUCCAUUUGCAUAAACUACAGCAUGGAACGCACCACAAGAGCAUUGCCUCAUGGCAUCUAUGCGGCAAGCAUGUCAUUUUUUGACGAGACAACCGAAACCAUCGACACGCAGACUCAGCGUCAACACACUGUCCGCCUCUCCAAGGCGGGUAUCUCCGGCUUUGUGGUCAUGGGUUCUAAUGGGGAGGCACCUCACCUUUCUGUCGAGGAGCGAAGCACAAUCAUACGCGAAACCCGCCAAGCCCUUGACAGCAUCGGCAGCCAGCAGACACCCAUCAUUGCUGGUUGCUCUGAGCAUUCGGCUAGCCGUGCUGGUAAUGACUACGCCCUCGUUCUGCCACCGUCUUACUUCGGCAAAGGCAUGAGCGCUGACAUCAUUGAGAGCUUCUUCCUCGACGUCGCGGACCAGUCACCGAUUCCCAUCAUCCUGUAUAGCUUUCCCGCCGUAUCUGCUGGUAUUGAGAUGGACUCAGGUCUCCUGAGCCGCAUAUCCCAGCAUCCCAACGUUGCGGGGACGAAGUUUACUUGCGGCGACACGGGCAAACUAAGCCGCGUCUCCACGGCGAUGAAAUCCCGCCAGUCUUACGCCCUGUUCGGGGGUCUGGCGGACUUCAUCCUUCCUGCCCUCGUCGCAGGUGCCACUGGUGUGAUAGCUGGCGGCGCAAACGUUACCCCGCGGACCUGCGUCCGUAUUUUCGAUCUGUGGCAAGAGGGACUAGUGGAGGAGGCGCGUGAAAUGCAGGCCAUUCUUGCAAAAGGUGACUGGGAACAUACCGUGCGUGGAAUCUCGGGGACAAAGGCAGCGCUGAAUGACUUGUUUGGGUAUGGGAGAAGCCCUCGAAGGCCUCUGAAGACCUUACCUAGGGCCGCGGUGUUGGACAUGCGGGCUGCCAUGAGGGAGCUGAAGACGGUCGAAGAACGGCUUGGGGCCCGUCCCUCUAAGGCCUAA